UUGGUUUAAUCAUUCGUGUUAAACAAGUCAUUUUGCCUUCAUGACUUAUUCGUUACCUCCUCACCACACACUUCAAUAUUUUUAGAUUUUGCGUUCAAUGUUCAGUACUUGUAUUGGGGCUCGACUAAUCCAGAUUCGCGUCGUGUGAAGCUCAUUUCAGGAAAAACGUGGUCCCUAUAAGGUUUUUUUUUCAUAAUCAGGAUUCGAACCCAAGACCUAUGAUUAAGGUUGAAGAAAUUUUAUCUAUCUCAUCACAACCCUCGAUGUUUCACAAACUUUGAUAUUUCAGUCAACUUAAGAAAGAACAAGUAAAUGAAGACAAAGCUCCCAUAAACUCCAAAGACUUGUAUAAAGAACCUUAACAUUGUCUCUUCUUGUUUAAACAACUCUCUCAUUCCUCUCCUCUUAGUCCUUUUUCUCUUAAAUAUCUCUCCCUCUAGCUCCCAUGGAACAAGAACAAGUAUAUGAUUCCACCAAAAAAUGGAGUCCCAAAGUUCCAAAACAGAGAAAAUUUGUUGGUGUAAGACAAAGGCCUUCUGGAAAAUGGAUUGCAGAGAUCAAGAACACAACACAAAAGAUCAGAAUGUGGCUCGGGACAUUUGAUUCAGCUGAGGAAGCUGCUCGCGCUUAUGAUGAGGCUGCUUUUCUUCUCCGAGGAUCAAAUACGCGAACGAAUUUCCAUAAUCAUGCCCCUGUCAACCCUGCUCUUUCUAUGAAAAUCAGAAACCUCCUCAACCAUAAGAAAAACCUCAACAAGAUCAAUCCCAAAAGUACUACAAAAAAUCCCACCACUGGUACUAUUUCAACUUCAAAAAGUUCACUUAGUGUUGGCAAUAGUUUUAGUCCUGUGGCAGCUAGUGGAUCAAGAAGCCAUCAAGAAUCUAAGACAUGUGAUGAUGAUGCAUACAAGCCUGAUUUGAGUUUCUUUAUGGCUGAAUUAGAUCAAAUGGGGUCUAACAAUAUUGAUCAUUCAUCAAAAUUUUCAACUGAUUUUGAUAGGAUUUUUUUGGAUGAUGAAAAAUUUGGUACAUUUCAGGAGGUACCAAAAGAAAAUCUUGAAGAGCAGAUACCUGAAUUUGAACACAUGAAGGUUGAAGAGGGGCAGAUUUCAGCAUCAGUAUAUGCUAUGAAUGGAGUGAAUGAGUAUUUGGAGAAUUUUCAUGAUUGUAAUAAUGAUGCUGCUUUUUGGGAUUUGCCUAUGUUGUACCAAAUGUUUUGUCCAAGUUAGGAAUUCUUUUAGGCCUUUCAAAUCCCACCAAGCGUGUUUUUUUUUUCUUAGAUUGAAUUAGAAUAAAUACCUGAGCUCCGUGAGGGUGGGAGAUGUAAGAAAAAUUACCAAUCUGGUCCUUAGCCCGAGUAUCAUAUUUGACUCGCAGUAUGGAUCAACUUCUUGAUACAUUCGAGAAAGUUCUACUUGAAUCCAUUUAAUUUUUCUUUCAAAUGUUUUGUUCAAGUUAGGAAUUG